GCGGUCACACUGGCGCAGUUGGUAAAAAAAAACAACAAACUUUUAAAUUAAUAAAACUUUGAAUUAAGCGGUCAGCACGUGCGUUAGAGUCGCCCGUAAUAACGAAUAACGUCUAGUCACUAAAUAUAAACCAUCACUUCAUCGUUAUUAUGCACAGACGUAUGUAAAAUGAACGCAUUGCGCAACAUCUUCACAUCGCGUACAUUGAACUACUUGCGCCAAAAUGGACAGAACGCGAUCCUCAAUGCCACAAAUCAGCCGGCGGUUGUGGACCCCAGCCUGCCUCUUGCCGAUGCGGACAAAGCGCUGAAAGAUGCCCGCCCAUCGCCGCUGUCCAUACCGCGCUCCAUACUCGACGCCUGUCAGUUUACGUCCAAGCCGUUCGACAUUGGCCGCUCUUCGGCGGUUAGUCAGCAAAGUGGCUCACUAUCACCCACCACGCUGAAACGGUUCCGUCGCAUGCAGCGUCGCAUGGAGCUGGUCUACCGCUGCAAGCUGUGCAACACGCGCAACACGAAGACCAUUAGCGAGGAGGCCUACUAUAGUGGCGUUGUUAUUCUCCAGUGCGACGGCUGUGCGGUCGAUCACCUGAUUAAGGACAACCUGGGACUGUUCGCCAACAUCGAGGGCACUAACAGCACCAGCACCGGCAAGAAUAUCGAUCAGCUACUCUCCGAGCGCCAUGCUCGCGUGCGCAUCAUCAAGGUGAAUGAGCACGGCGAGCUUAUUUAGGAAUCUAGUCAGCGACUGAUCAAAUCAUCCCCGCUCCGCUGAUCCUGUCACUUCAGAUUUGUCUGCGCUCGAACUAAACUAAAACAACAUUUUUUCUGUUAUAAACUUGUUUGUUUUUAUAUCGAUUAUAUGAGAGAUAGCCACCAGCUUAAUAUAUGUACAAAAAAAACUUGCACUCGAAUUGUUGAUGAUUAAUGCAAGAUUAAAAAAAGAGCAGCCCGUAUCGAAAUCAAA